GGUGCCCCUCCAUGUAUCGUUGAUCACACGCUAAACUAUUUGUAUAGAAACUUGUUGCACGUCGAAACCUUGGAUCUUGAGAGUUAUUGAGUAUUUUUUAUGAAUAAAACCAAAAUAAAACUAUUAUCAAGUGAUAAUGUUUGCCACAUCGAACAAUUAUAUUAUUCCAAAAUCAGAUUUAUAUGAUGAAAACGUCUUCGACGAACUUUCAUCUCACGUUGAUAUAAACGAUCUGCCUAUUUUACAAGAUGAAAUUUUGUCUGAUAAAAAAUAUCUAAUUUCAAACAUUCCUCAAGAAUCCAAUCAUAUUCAGAUGAACCAUGGAAAUUAUGAGCACGUGUCUUCAACUAACAUUUCAAUGACUGAAGAAUUUCCUGGAGUAUACAACUUGGAGAUUCUUUUCGCCCAAGGAAAAGGAAAAAGUUUUGUGUACUCACAAGCUCUUCGAAAAGUCUUCAUCGACAUGGAACAUCGCCUUCCAUUGCGAGUUAAAUGGAAUCCCCCAGAAAAUAAUUUAUGGUUGCGUGCGACACUAGUAUACACUGAAGAUCAGUAUAGAAGGGACCCAGUUCAGCGAUGUCAUAAUCACAUGGCAACUACUAGCCCUUCUAAUCUGAAUGUUUCAAUGGACAUUGUGCAACAAGUUGUUCGUUGUCUACAUCCAUCUAGUAUUUAUGAAAAAAUAAAUGGCCAUAUGACUGUAGUAGUGCCUUUAGGUACUCCACCACCUGGAUGUACUUAUGUUCCUCUCGAUUUUCAAUUUUAUUGUAAGAAUUCAUGUUCAUCUGGCAUGAAUCGGCGAGCAACACAAAUAAUUUUUACAUUAGAAACUCAUGAAAAAGAGACUAUUGGACGUCGAAUUCUACAAUUGCGAGUUUGCAGUUGCCCUAAAAGAGACAAAGAGAAAGAAGAAUCAGAAAUGAAUUUAUUUGCUCCAGUAGGGAAGAAACGAAAAUUACCAUCAUUUGCAACAAUUUCAUCAAAAAAUCCACGACUUCCGCCAGGAAAAAAAUUGCUCAAUUCCAAUCGAAAUUCUGGGGGAGGAAUUGUUCUUUCAUUUGAAGUUCCUAAUAAAGAAAUAGGAAAAGAAGCCUUAUGGGAUGUCUACAAAAUAUUGUCUGCUAAAGCGACAAUGACGGGAGACUUUGCGUUGUAUUCAUCUUAUUUAGAUGAUAUAAAAAAAAAAUUCAACGAGUUAUAAUUUCUUGCUCAAUUCGUUUUUAUUUUUUACAAUACUGUAUUAAUUAAUAUUAAAUAAUUUUUAUCAUAAUGAUAUUUUGCUCAAUAUGCAAAAACAAUUUUUAUAAAAAUAAGCCUUUUUGAAGAAAUA